CACGCAGCCAAUACGCGCUACUGCCCAGCUUCCUAAGCGCUUUGCGAGCGUCUUUAGGCGCAAAAUGUCAGAUGCGGGAGAGUUAAAUUUGCAGACUGGGGCAUGUAUAGACACUGCUACUAAAGAGGACAGCGACGCGUUGUUUAUGCACGGACAACAUAGUGAUGAAGAUGAGUUUUCGGACAUUAGCGACUCGGAGCUGCUGAAGAUACACGAAGAAGCCGUAAAUGAGGACAAGGGAGGUGGAAAGAUGGUCCAAACCACAGAAGGUGGAUCCAGGAGCUCUGGGAACUGUGCUGAUGUGGCAGGUUGCUCAGUAGUGUCUUUCCAAAUAGAGGAAAACAAGGAAAAGUCACAGGGUCAUGAAGGCAGUUCACACAGAAAGCGUAAGCAGAUGCCGAUAAUGCCAAUGGAGAAAUACAGAAUGAAGUACUUAUGGGUAACCAACCUAUGCUCCCAAGCAUGGUGUGAGCAGCAGAUGAUGUAUGAAUUUGAGUUUCCUGAACUUCUAAAGCUAGAGAAGACUGAUGCAAUGAAUAAAGGAGCUAGUAUACAUCUGGCAAGAGAGCUGGAAGUGCAUGAUGUUGUGUCUGUUACCACACAGACAAAAGAAGAUUCUUGGGCAAUAAAAUUUCUUAAUAUCUUAUCAAUGAUACCAGUUUUGCAGUCAGGAGCUCGUGUUCGAGAAUUUCCUGUGUUUAGAGAACUUAAUGGGAUAUUUGUUGUUGGAAUGAUAGAUGAGCUAGGCUACACUCCCAAAGGUGAACUGGAGCUCAGAGAGUUAAAAACACGGACAACACCUACUUUGCCAGGAACUUCUCAAACCGUCACCCACCAAUUCCAGGUGUCUUUGUACAAGCUGCUCUUUGAUGGAAUGGUGACUGGGUUAGUGCAGCCUGAUGUUUUUAUUCAGCAUUUGCAGUUAAAACCAGACCAAGCUUUAGGAGAACAAGUGAUUGAACAUGUUAAGAGAGCUGGAUUUACCGCUUCUACAUUUGGAGACCUAUUAGACCUAACUUGCCUGAACCUCACUUUUUCAGAACUCCCAACAAUUGACUGUCUGAAACUAGAGUAUUGCUAUCAAGCAGAUGGAACCUCACUGGGAUUCAAAACAGUGACUUUUGAAGAGGAAAAGCUUAUGGAGCUCUUGAAUUCAUGCUUAUCAUUCUGGAAAGGUCAGAAGGAAGCACAGGGAGUUGACAUUGAAGAAGCUUGGAAGUGUAGACACUGUAGCUUUGCCAGUAUCUGUGAAUGGAGAACAAGGAGAUCAGAGCAUUUAUCAAGAACUGGUCAAAGCAAAAGAACAAAGUAAACAUUGUUAUGUUAUCCUUUGUUUCCCUUACAUUUUAGGAAUUUCCACGUUACAACUCUCUAAUAGCUGCAAAGUUUUCGCAUGAUCCCAAAGGUGCCACAGUGAACCACCGUAUGCCACUCUAGAACAAUUCACAUUGGCCUUAGGAUAUUACUCUUUCACUUUUAAUAUGAAGAAUGUAAAUAAUUUACUACUGGACAAAAUUCUGUAAACGUGUGUUUAAAUAAAAUCAGUCCUUCAUCAGGUUAAGCAGCCAUAUAUUUUAAUAAACUCCCCCUCCAUUCCAAAUUCUUCUUUAUUAUUUUGAAAUAAUAUAUUUUUUAUAAUAAAAAAAACAGUAAAAAUG